UAAAUCCCCUGCGAAAAAUAAUCACCGCCACCCUCCGAUCAUUUCCCUUCCCCAAUUCGCCGCAUCAAUGGAAAACAACAACUCCAACUCCAACCCCGUCGCCGCCACCACCGUCCCAGCCGCCACCUACCCUCCCACCCAGCCCCCUCCGCCGCCGUCCUCCGUCGCGGCGCCGCCCUUCCACCACCUCCUCCAGGCGCAGCAGCAGCAGCUCCAGAUGUUCUGGAACUACCAGCGCCACGAGAUCGAGCAGGUCAACGACUUCAAGAACCACCAGCUCCCCCUGGCGCGCAUCAAGAAGAUCAUGAAGGCCGACGAGGACGUCAGGAUGAUCUCAGCCGAGGCGCCCGUCCUGUUCGCCAAGGCAUGCGAGCUCUUCAUCCUCGAGCUAACCAUCAGGUCAUGGCUCCACGCCGAGGAGAACAAGCGCCGCACGCUCCAGAAAAACGACAUUGCCGCCGCCAUCACCCGCACUGAUAUUUUCGACUUCCUCGUCGAUAUUGUCCCCAGGGAUGAGAUCAAGGACGAGGCCGGCCUCGGCGGCGUCGCCAUGGUGGGGGCCACCGCCAGCGGGGUCCCUUACUACUACCCGCCCAUUGGCCAGCCGGCGGGGGCGCCGGGAGGGAUGAUGAUCGGGAGGCCGGCCAUGGAUCCUACCGGAGUUUAUGCGCAGCCGCCGUCGCAGGCGUGGCAGUCGGUGUGGCAGACGGCGGCGGAUGAUGUGUCGUAUGGGAGUGGAGGGAGCAGUGGCCAGGGCAAUCUUGAUGGCCAGAGUUAAAGAGAGACUAACUUGUUGACAAUUUGCUGCGAGGCGGGAAGGAAAGGAAUUGAGCACUGCAGCAGUUUAUUGAUGGCUUCAAGUACUAUUAUUAUUUAAUGAGAUGACAAGAGACUUGUCUAAAGACCCUUUGAUCCAGAGCAGUAGAAAGUUUACUGCCAUGUUCAGUAUUUAUGUGCAGAGUCCUCU